ACCCGUCAGACAGACUUAGUCAGAAAGGACAAAAGUGAUGAAGCUGUCUUGACCAGCCAAACAAGUCUCCAGUCACGAGAGCAUCAUCCUACUCAACCACCUUCCCUCUCAUCCUCCUAUCUCAUCCGACCGCGUCCUUGUCAGUGGGCAGGUGUAGUCACGUCGGGCAGAGAGGUUGCGCAGAACUUCUGCACCAGAAACGAUGGCCGUGGUAGAAGAGAAAUCGGCAUCAUCUCCGCUGGGCUUUUUGACGGACAAUGCUCUAUCGCUAGCCAUUUCAGACACCUACGCAAACCUGCAAGAGAGGAGGAAACUCCUUGGUCUCCACAAUCCUGGCACCGUUGAUGGUAUCGCACGGGAAGUUCAGAAAGAUGUGCUCCUAUCUAAUUUCAUGUUCUCCGGCCUGCGUUGCGACCUCCAGAAGGUCUUCAGCAUAAACCCUCUCUUCCGACUACAACAUGGCUUCGCGAUGGGUUCGCAGGCGCUGCCGCCUUGGCAGUUGAUGGCGCUAUACGGCAAUUCAAGUGUGUUUAUGCAAGCCGCAUACUCAAGCGACAAGUCAUUGACGGCAUGGGGUAACCUGAGAUGGACUCCCCAGUUCGUGACCAAGACGCAAACCUCAAUCGAUCCUCGUCAAGCGCAGACCAUGAUUCAAAUCGACAACGAAUACACUGGCGAUGAUUUCUCUGCUUCGGUCAAGGCUAUCAGCCCUUCGAUCCUCGACGGCGGACUCACCGGUAUCUUUAUUGGCAGCUACCUCCAGUCACUGACUCCAAGCUUGUCGUUGGGUUUGGAAGGUGUCUGGCAACGGGCUGCGCUCAACUCGAAGCCGGAGACGGCCAUGUCAUACUGCGCAAGAUACAGGGGAACAGACUGGGUUGCUAGUGCACAAUACCUUGCUCAAGGAUCGCUGGGAGCGUCAUACUGGAAAAGAUUGACGGAAAGAGUCGAGGCAGGUGCGGACUGUCAGGUACAAUUUGCACCAGGUAUGGGCGGAUCAGGCGGCCUUUUUGGAGGUAUCAGACGGGAAGGAAAUACCACCUUGGGCGUCAAGUAUACCUUUAACACAGCUGUGUACCGAGCCCAGGUUGACAGCGCCGGCAAAUUUGGUGUCGUUCUGGAGAAGCGGGUUGCAGCUCCAGUGACUGUGACCUUUGCCGCCGAGAUCGAUCAGUGGAAGAACACCCACAAGCUUGGUCUCGCAGUUUCUCUGGAAGGAGCGCCAGAAGAACUGGAAGAGAUCGCCCAGAGACCCGAAAACCAAACCACCCUCCCACCACCCAUCUAAACUUCUCGAAAAGUGGGCGCGAUGCCGGGCUCUUCGCUCCAGGAUAUGCUGAGGCCCAUCCUCGAGGCACAAGGCGCCUCUCCCUUGAA